AUGAGGGGAUGCUCUACAAAAAUUGGAGAAGAGAAAGGAGAGAAGAUCGCUCAUGAUUUAUUUGAUUUCUAUGCUGAAGGUAGCGCAUGGAGGCUCACUGAUCCUAAGUUGAAGUCCGUCCUCAAACAACUGCGCGAAAACGGAGUCGGCAUCGUGAUUGUAUCGAAUUUCGAUUGUCGUCUAAAGAAAAUUCUACAAGACAUGGGCCUCUAUGAACUGUUCGACAUGGUGGUGGCCAGCGGUGAAGUGGGCGUGGAAAAACCAAACCCAGACAUUUUCGAGCUGGUCCUGCAACGAUAUCACCUUCACGAUGCUUCGCAGAUGCUGCACAUCGGGGACAAUGUACAAAAGGACUUCCAAGCGGCCAGACAAUUUGGGGCCAGUGCCCUUCUCUUCGACCCGCUUUCCGUAAACGCCGAAGUGUCAAGCGCUGACAAAAUCACGUCUUUCUCCGAGCUAACGGUCCAGUAG